AUGCAACCGCAAAGCGGUGGUUUCAACGAUUCCGGUAAUAAAGAUGCCGAAGAUGAGGCACGCUCUGCUAGGCCGACUGUCGAAAAUGUCGAUAAAAUCAUGGAAUUUGCCAGGUUGGACCGCCAUCGUGAGGUGAUCUCGAUUCAUAUUGGACAGGCCGGCGUUCAGAUUGGAAAUGCAUGCUGGGAGUUGUAUUGCCUGGAACAUGGAAUCCAACCGGACGGCCAGAUGCCAUCUGAUAAAUCGCUUGGCGGAUGUGAUGACUCGUUCUCGACGUUCUUCUCCGAAACCGGAAGCGGUCGACACGUGCCGCGAGCGGUGAUGAUCGACCUGGAGCCGACGGUCAUCGAUGAGAUCCGUACCGGAACCUACCGAUCACUGUUUCAUCCUGAACAACUUAUUACUGGCAAGGAAGAUGCUGCUAAUAAUUAUGCUCGUGGCCAUUACACCAUCGGAAAGGAAAUCAUCGACCUCACCCUGGAUCGCAUCCGCCGUCUCGCUGACAACUGCACCGGACUUCAGGGUUUCCUUGUCUUCCACUCAUUCGGUGGCGGUACCGGUUCAGGAUUCACUUCACUGUUGAUGGAAAGACUUUCUGUGGACUACGGCAAGAAGGCGAAACUCGAAUUCUCGGUUUAUCCUGCUCCUCAGGUGUCAACCGCAGUCGUUGAACCGUACAAUUCAAUUCUAACCACGCACACCACCUUGGAGCAUUCGGACUGCUCGUUCAUGGUCGACAAUGAGGCCAUCUACGACAUCUGCAGAAGAAAUUUGGAUAUUGAACGACCCAGUUACACAAAUCUGAAUCGACUUAUCGGUCAAAUCGUUUCUUCCAUAACCGCUUCUCUUCGCUUCGAUGGUGCGCUUAACGUCGAUUUGACUGAGUUCCAGACCAAUCUUGUACCGUAUCCUCGCAUCCACUUCCCGCUUGCCACUUUCUCGCCGGUGAUCUCGGCCGAAAAAGCUUAUCAUGAACAGCUUUCUGUUGCAGAAAUUACUAACAUGUGCUUCGAGCCGCAUAAUCAAAUGGUGAAAUGCGAUCCACGACAUGGUAAGUACAUGGCAGUGUGCUUACUUUUCCGAGGUGAUGUCGUGCCGAAAGAUGUGAACGCCGCAAUUGCGACCAUCAAAACUAAGCGUUCAAUUCAAUUCGUCGAUUGGUGUCCGACUGGAUUCAAGGUCGGAAUAAAUUAUCAACCACCAACGGUGGUGCCAGGUGGUGAUUUGGCUAAGGUGCCCCGUGCCGUGUGCAUGCUGUCGAACACCACGGCCAUAGCCGAAGCAUGGGCACGACUUGAUCAUAAAUUCGAUCUAAUGUAUGCCAAAAGGGCAUUCGUACAUUGGUAUGUUGGUGAGGGAAUGGAAGAGGGAGAAUUCUCAGAAGCACGUGAAGAUUUGGCAGCACUCGAGAAGGACUAUGAGGAGGUCGGUGUGGACUCACUUGAGGACAACGGAGAGGAAGGUGAUGAGUACUGA